AUGCACCCGGCCACAUAUGGGGUCUGUCAACACGCCGGCUACUCCUACGACACGUGCGACCUCAACACAAUCUCAUAUCUCCCCUCAUACGUCGGGACGCACCCGCCACGUAUGGGGUCUGUCAACACUCCCGCUACUCCUACGACACGUGUGACCUCAUCACAAUAUCACAUAUCUCCCCUCAUACGUCGGGACGCACCCGGCCACGUAUGGGUUUGUCAACACGCCGGCUACUCCUACGACACGUGUGACCUCACAAGCACAGGGUGGUACUUACAGUAUCAUCAAUAUCCUAGGGGUGCACAGGGUAGUGUGUAUAGCACUGCAAACUGA